AUGGCACGGGCCAGGGAAGAAGCAGGGGACAGCCAGCUGGUGUCUGGUCGGGAGCCAUCGUCACGUAUCAUCAGAGUGUCUGUGAAAGCCCCACAGGGCUGCCAGGAUUUCUUACUGGCAGAAAAUAGCAGUGUCUGCCACCUCAGGAAGCUGAUCUCCAAACGUCUUCGCUGCAACACUGACCGACUGGUGCUCAUCUUCACCGGGAAGAUCCUCCAGGAUCAAGACAUCCUGAACCAGCGUGGAAUCCUCGACGGCUCCACGGUCCACGUGGUGGUGAGAACUCGUUUGAAAGGAUCAACGUGUCCCGGAACACUGCCAGGCCCCACAAGCCACUGCACCCAGCGUUCUGAGCCAUCAGCCUCUGAGGGUGCUCGAGCGCUGGCCAGGCUGGGCCGCCUGGCCCGGAGCUCCCCCGACCUAGCUGAUUUCUUUUGCCAGCUUAUUCAAAUACUGACCACGGUGCCAGAGUCUGCAGUGCAGCUCUUGGAAGACCCUCUGGCUCAAGGCUUUGCAAAUGACAAACAAACCAAUGGCAGCCACAUUCCUGAAUCCUCCAGGCCAGGACAGAAACGAGACCCAGCUCCUAAGCCUCCAGAAGCUUUCCAGAAGCCCGCCCGGCAACAGGAGCUCCUGAAGGACGACAAGCGGCGACUGGAGGCUCUGAAGGCCGUGCCUGGGGGUGACAAUGCCAUGCGUCCGGUCUGCUCUGAUAUCCAGCAACGCAUGCUUUCCACUCUGGCUCUGUUGGUUGCUUCCAAAGGUCAGGUUUCCGGUGCAGAGCCUUGCCGAGGAGAAGUCAAUGGUCACAGCGAUUCUGACACCACCACCAUCCCCACCACCUCGGUCCCAGCCAAGCCGUGGAUCCAAGAGGCCAGUACAGGAGGAGUUUCCCAGGUCAAGGCCAUGCCCUCAAGUCAGGCCAGUCCAGGUGGCAGAACUGGUAUGGCAGACUUAUGUCCGGGCCCCGAUCUUCCCUCCCAAGAUGGUCACCCACCAGUAGACAGAAGCCUUCUCCUUGGUCAGCUGAGACUCUCACCCACCGUCUUACGCCGAGCCUUGAAUAUCUUGCAGCAAAAUCCAGCUCUGCUAUACCAGCUGACAAGCGGCAGCUCCUUGUUCCACCACGUGCCUCUUCUCCCCAUCCUCACCAACCCCCGGGCUCUGCAGGCACUGCUGCAGAUAGAACAAGGUCUACAGAUACUGACCAGGGAGGUGCCCGAGCUGGGACCUCUCUUAAGGGACCCAGCGCGACCACGUGGGGCCAGAGGAGCUCCAGAAACUCGGGGUAGGAGACAAGGCCACAGAGAGGAGCCUGCGCAGCCCACUUGGGCUGUUCUUCAGCUCCUCCACGCACUGGCCAACGCCAGUUCCCUGUCGACUCAGCCGUUGUCCCUCCUCACUGAAGGUCGCUACCAGCAAGAACUGGAGCAGCUGAAAGCCUUGGGGUUUGCGAAUCGGGAUGCAAACCUGCAGGCCCUGAUAGCCACAGAUGGAGAUAUCCCCGCUGCUAUAGAGAAGCUUCUAGGGGCUCCACAAGCCUAG